UUUAUGUUUACAUUUUCUGUUGUGAUUGUGUGAAUAAAAAAAAAAGUGCCUUUAGGUAAUUGCCGAUUUAUCGAAAAGUAAGUAAAAUUACAGUGUUUUCUUUUUAAAAUAUAGAGAUAUGUUGUGUGAACAGAAAAUGGGUGAUUUAGUUCAACAAGCCGUUUUAAAUGCCGAAGAAGAAAUUGAAAUAGCAGCACAACGACACAGACCUCCGCGUUUUCACACGCGAGACGAUCCAUUUCAACUGCUUUCUGAUGCAGCAUUUUUAAAGAUGUACCGGAUGACAAAAGAAUUAGCACAAAAUAUCAUUGACUUGGUGGACCCCUACAUUGUACCACAAACGAGGUGCUCUGCAUUGGACACAUCAGUAAAAGUCUUAACAGCACUUAGAUUUUUUGCUUCGGGCAGCUACCAGCUUGACAUUGGUAAAAAUGUGAAUAGUGCUGUCAGUCAGGCUUCCACAAGUCAGUGCAUCAAUGAAGUCGUUGAGGCUCUAAAUCAACCCCAAAUUUUUGAUGAGUGGGUUAAAUUUCCCCAAAAUUUUAGAGAACUUAAUAAUAUACGAAAUGAGUUUUAUCAGCGAUACCAGUUUCCGGGGGUCAUUGGUUGUGUAGAUUGCACACAUGUUGCAAUUGUACCUCCAAAAUCAAAUGACGCAGUGUAUCCAGAACAUAUUUAUGUGAACAGAAAAAAUUAUCACUCUAUAAAUGUUCAAUUGGUCAGUAUGAUAAAAAAUAAAGUAACAUUAACAAUAAGUCUUAUAUAUAGGUAUGUGACGCUAACCUGCGGAUUUUGA